GAAGGUGUUAUCCGCGCUGAUUGUUGUAAUCGAAAGGUUGAGGUUAGUCGAAAAAGUUUAAACCUGCUUGUUUAUAUUCGACAGCGGAGGACAUUAAAAAACGAUGGACUCAGUACUUCUAUACGGAGAAGCUGAAGGAUAUAUUCAAAGUCUGGAGAAGAUGUCACUGCGUGAUAUCGGAAGCCCAAGGUGGUUUCGCCAACAUGAAUUCAUUGAGAAGCUGAAUAUGCAAGCUAUUCUGAAUGCCAGUGCCAAUCAGGAGGAAUUCAUAAAAGACCUCUUUGUUUCUCUUGGAAAGAUACCAACACUGAUACAUGCAAUGAUACUUACAGAAGUCUGGAAACAUAAAGUGUUUCCCAUAAUUUGCAAACUCCAGGACUUUAAUCCAAAGAGCACAUUUCUGCUCUAUAUGGUGAUUCACCAUGAAGCUACCACUAUAAACCUGCUGGAGACAAUUAUGUACCACAAGGAGUCCAGUGAAGCUGCUGAUGAUAGUGUACUUGACUUAGUCGAUUACUGUCAUCGCAAACUCACACUUCUGGCAGGACGUUCUGUCUCUGGAGAGAUCCCAACUGAGGACCGAAUUACACAGACACAGCUGUUAGACACAGGAUCUGUGCAGGAUCUGCAAAGACAAAGUGACUUGUUAGAGUUUGAAAUCUCUAUCAAGGCUCUGUCAGUACUGUGCUACAUCACCGAUCACAUUGAGAGUUUGAGUUUGAGUGUGCUGUCGAGGAUGCUGUGCACUCAUAAUAUGCCCUGUGUGCUGGUUCAGUUGGUGGAAAAUUGCCCCUGGAACAGAGGUACUCUGGAGAAAUACACAGAGGGGAGGUGGAGGCCCGUCCUGCCAGAAGAUCAGCUAAAGUUAAAUAAACAUGACGGCCAGGUGUGGAUGGCUUUACUGAACCUGAUACUCAAACCAGACUGCCAAAGAAAAUAUAAUUUCAAUAGCUUUAACAAAGGACAACUUUUAAAGCUUUGUGGGUUUUUGACAGACGUUGUGAUAGAUCAGUUACCAAACCUACUUGAUCUCAAGCAAUUCCUCAGUCAACUUGCUGUCACAGAUCCAGUGGCCCCCAAAAAUGAUCUAAUCCUGGAACAGGUGCCAGAGAUAUGGAAUAAUAUUGUAAUGGAGAACAGCAACAAGUGGAAAGCCAUAGCUAAAUUCCAAGUGACACAUGUUUUUAACCCCUCUGAAAGUGAACUAAGAGAACAAGCUAGCAGGUUGUCUCAAACAUAUAAUCUGGAUGUGAUGGAGAAUCUAAUCCCAGACAAACCCAAGUGUGGAGCUUGUGGAAGAAUGGGUGCAAAACGCUGCUCCCGCUGUCAGGGAGAGUGGUAUUGCAACAGAGAGUGUCAGGUGAAACACUGGCCCAAGCACAAGCCUGCAUGCAAACUCAUGGGAGAGACCAUACAAAGACUGCAGGAGGAACUGAACAUUAGGAGCUGAAUUAGAGCACUGCUAAAUGAAAAGGAUGGUGAGAUAUAAGAACACAUCCACUAUGAACAGUCAUAUUUAAUGGACACUAAUGGAAAAAGACAAAAAGAUACAACAAACUGUUCCUGACAGUCUUCUUUCAUUAGCUAUUCUAUGUUUGUAUGUUGUGUUUAAAAAGAGUGAAUAGAUAGUUCCUGAUGAAAGCUUUCAUAUGUAUAAAUAUUCUUUGUAAAUGCAUGGUCAUAAAACUAUUAUUUGCACACAUUGUUAAAUUGAUUAUAUUGAUAACUGUUACAAUAUAACCAUUAUUCUCACAUUUUGUUAUUAAAUGAACUGAAUUAACUGCUAAAAUACAUUGGAGAUCUGGUCAGUUUGAUACAACAUUAUUGCAUUUGUUGUAAAAUCUAUUCUUUACCACUUCCAAAGGACAUGAGAGAGACGUUAGGGUUUGUGAAAAUCAGUAAUAGAUGUAACAGAUUUGGAACUUCACAGUUUAAAUUUUAUUCACAAACCCUUUUGGAAUAUAAGAAAAAAAUAUUUGGUUUGUACCAUUGGGCACUAUGUAGAAGUGUAUGACCACUGGAUUCUGUA